AUGGAGAACGCCGUUCAAUCUCAAAAGUCAAAGGACAAAUCUUUCAUAAAAUUAGUACGCGCCAGGCGCAAGAAAUUAGCAAAUAAGCCUACAACCGCCAUUACCGCCCUUGACCCCAGCGAAAUUCCGCAUAACUUUAAUCUCACUCACUGCCUGCCCACCGAGUUCGAACUUUCCCCGAGCAAGAGCGAACCGGUCACUGUCCCUCCUCACUUGAACUCGAUUCUCGCAGAUUACGAUACGGCAACAGGUGGCUCACCUAGAAAUGAGGCGCUAAUAAGAUCUCGCAUUGAUGCAAUUAUCCUGGCAACUCUGGCUAAGAUAAAGCGUUGCAAAGGCCAGUACUUCGGCUGCACCAGCCUCAUUCAUUGCCUCCUCCCCAUCACUCAAGUGAAGCUUUCUGGAAUAGUUGACUACUCGCUUUGGAAUGGCAUACCUAUGACCAAUAUGGCAAUAAUUGAGGCGAAAAGGACGCCCUUGCUGGAAAGCAGUAUGCUACAUUGUCUUGGCCAUAUGGCGAUGAUACAUGAAACAAGAAAGCAGUCGAAUAUUCGCGACACGUCUGUGUAUGGAAUCGUCACCGACAGUUACGAGUGGAUUUUUAUCCUGAUUCGUCCAAAUGGCGAGUACACGGACAAAACCUACCAAUGGCUGCACAGUGCGCAAGAAAUUAUCUCAAUUUUGUCGAGAAUUUUCUCCCACGCUGCCGGAUUUAACUCCCAGAACAGCCAAAGCGAAAGUGAGGAUAACAACUCCCUAUACACAUGCUAG